AUGGAGAAGUUUACCUACGUCGGGGGAAAUGGUCUCCCAGGAGGCUCUAGUAGGAUGAUCGGAAGGAGCGGCGAAGAUGUCAUAAUUGACGUUCCAGUUGGAACGCUUGUCAGUGUCAUGGAAGACUUGACCGAAGAAGAUGCAGAGAUUACUGAGGGUGAUGGACAGAUCGAGAAGAAACGGAAGAAGAAUUUGCCGAGAAGGCAGACAGCCGCGGCAGAGGAAGAUGAGGAUGAAGAGAACGACGAAGUGGAGGAGGGAGAGGAGGAGGAGGGAGAGGAGGGAGAGGAGGGAGAGACUGAGGGGGACGAGGAGCUGGAGGAGGCAGAAGGGAUAGAAGAAGAUGAGUCAGAGAAGGGCGCGUUAAGUCAACGGCACCAGAAGCAAUUCGUUGAACGAGCUGAGAAACGAGAGGAAAGAGCCACGAGGAUGCAACCCAAGUCGAUCAUGUUGGAUGUGACGGGGAAGACGCUGAGGCAGGCCUACUGCGAGCACUACAACAUCCCCUACGAGGGUGGGGAGGAGGCGGAGGAGAAGAAAGCGCCUGAGCUGCUGGCGGAUCUGAACCAUGAGGGCGAUAUUGUCCGCGUGGCGAUUGGAGGUCAAGGGGGUAGAGGAAACAUCUCGUUUGCGAGGAAGAAGAACAGGGCGCCGAGAACAGCUGAGAAAGGAAGGAAAGGGCAAAGGAUUCGGAUUGAGCUCGAGCUUAAGAGCAUGGCGGACGUUGGGCUGGUGGGCUUUCCGAAUGCAGGAAAGUCUUCGUUGUUGAGCAAGCUUUCUCACGCCAAACCUGAGAUCGCAGCGUAUCCUUUCACAACCUUGAGGCCCUACAUUGGGAGGGUCGAGCACGAGGACCCAGGGGUGGAGCCUUUCACCAUCGCCGACAUUCCAGGCUUGAUCGAGGGAGCUCAUGAGAACAGAGGACUAGGUCACUCGUUCCUCCGUCACAUCGAGAGGACCAAGAUCCUCGCCAUCGUCUUGGACAUCGCAGGGAGUGAAGGGAGAGACCCGGUAGAUGACCUGGAGAAGUUGCGAAAGGAGCUCGAUCUCUAUCUUCAGGGUCUCUCCUCCCGCAUCGCUGUCAUCCUCGCCAACAAGUGCGACCUGGACGGCUCUGACAUCGGCAAGGAGCUUCUCGAGUACUUCCUCCGCCAUGAGCAGGCGCUCUACCCCAACAGCUCACUUGCCAGUGCCAAGGUUGUCUACUGCAGCGCGCUGGCUGACAAGAACCUGGAGGAGGUCAAGGAAACGUUGCGAGAGCUGGUAGAGAGAAGGAAAAAGCUCGAUGAAACAGCUGAAUGAUGCCGAUGCUUCAUUUCUAC